GUCCGGCGCCAGUCAGCGUCAGAGACCAGCCGAGGUCGGUGCGUCCGCGGCGGGGCCUCAGUGUCUGUGAGCUGGUGGUGAGCUGGUGACGAGGUGGCGAAGCUCUGUGUGGGGAGCUGCAGACGAGCUGACGAAGCUCUGUGUGGCAGAGAUAACGUAGCUUGACUGCGAGCUGACACAGCUCUGUGGUGCGGAGCUUACGCAGCUCUGCUUCUGUGGCUGUGAGAGGAGUGGUGGUCAGUACAGUCGGACGACACAGCUGACUCUGACUUUAUCGCAGUGUGAGAGCCGGCUGGUCCGCCCUUAUCCGUGCUGUGGACGUAGUCUGGCCUCAGUUUGGCCGUACUGUGACAUCGCACAGUUGGCCGUCGGGGCUUGCAGAGUGGUCGGUAAGGUUAACCGGCUAGUUGUGGUGACGUGUCCAAAGGCCGGAGGUGGGGCUCGAGGUGGUCCACCUCCGCUGAGUGAGGUGGUCCUUCCAGCAAUGUACUGCGACGAGCCGUGAGGCGAGUGAUUGAAGAAGAGUUGUGUUGAGUUGAGCAUAUUCGAGUGCCCAGUGUCAGCUGAUCAGCUGAGGUAGUGUCUCAGGGGGUGCCUGGAGUGGCUCGAGUGCCUGGAGUGCUCUUAGUGCUCGGCGUGUCCGAGAGUACUCGGAGAGGUGUUCGGAAUUAUGAGUGCCGCGGCUUCUGACCGGUGACCGGGUGAGGUCAGGUCAGGUCAGGUCGGGCUGACCGGCCGGCGGACCACAAUGGUUCUAACUGGGGGCUACGGAGGCCAUGUCUCCUACGGGUCCCGAGUGGACAGUCUGCUCUACAUUAUGGGCGACUGUGCCACCCAGUCCGCCUUUCACGAGCUCGGACAGAAGUACGGCUUCGCCCCGGACAUCUCUGACGCCGCGCUGCCCCAGAAGCUCGAGGAGCUCCGCGAGUACAUCAAACGCGAGAUCCGACGAGAGCUCAAAAUCAAAGAGGGCGCCGAAAAGCUGCGGACAGCCACCAGCGACAAGAAGAGCUUGCAGAACGUCUCGAGCAUCGUGAAGAAGGCGAACACAAAGCUGCAGGAGCUGCAGGCUGAGCUGCACGAGCUCGACAGUCAGAUUCUGUUGACGCAGGGUCAGGCGGAACAUGAGGCGGGCGCGACGCAGCAGCUCUGCACCAGUCUACCAGAGGCUCCGAUGUCACCGAUUGGAGACACUCCCCUGGAGGACCACCCGCUCACCACCACCGACCAACGGCUUCAGAGUCUGGGGAGGCAGCUGGAUAUCGAGAUGAAGGUGAAGCAGGGCGCCGAGAACCUGAUCAGCAUGUACUCGGCCGGCGGCCAGCAGAGUAAGAAGCUGCUGGCCGAUGCGCAUCAGAUGCUCGAGGACGCCAAGGCCAAAAUCGACUACAUCAAGAUGCGCAUCAACAAACUGAGUCAGAACGUGGCACAGAGCUCCGUCGGCGAGAGCCGGUCCAUCGCGUCCGCGGUGGACCGGGCGUACGAGACCAGCCAGUUGACGCCCCUGGAUGUGCGUAUCGAGGAGCUGCGCCACCACCUGCGUAUUGAGACGGCAGUGAUGGACGGAGCCAAGAACGCCAUACGGCUGCUGCAGAGCGGCAAAGUCACCGAUAAGAAGGCGCUACAGGAGGCGCAGCAGAGUCUGCAGGAAUCCAGCAGGAAGCUGGACCUGCUCCGCCUCUCGCUGGACCGACGGCGGAAGGAGCUGCCACCUGGCUCCCUGAAGGCUGACGAGCUGAAGGAGGACCUGGACCAGGUGCAGUCACCCUCCACCAACUCUGCCAGUCUGGAGAACUUCCGGCGCAGUGUGGAGCCACGCGACACGCCCCCGGCGGCCCCCUGUCCAGGCGCACUGCGCUACCGGCCCAGCACUAAUGUGGUCAAAACGGCAGCCGUCACCGGAAAACUGGAAGUCCGUCUGCUCGGCUGCCAGGGCCUGCUGGAGGAAGUACCGGGCCGGUCCCGACGGGACUCUGUCCACGGCAUCUCCAGCCCGUCCGACCUGCGCUUCUUCAUGAAGGGCGUUACCGGCCGCUCCUCGUCCAAAUCGUACAGCGUCAAAGACGAGACCAGCACACCGGGUCUGGUACGCCAGGUCCUCAACAACCCCUGCCUGCCGCGCUCCGCCGAGCUCGCCUCCAAUGAGAUUAUGGCGGUGCUGAAGCUGGACAACGUGGCCGUGGGCCAGACCAGCUGGAAGGCGUGCUCCCAGCAGGCCUGGGACCAGCGCUUCUCCAUCGACCUCGACAAGUCGCGCGAGCUCGAGGUGGACAUUUACUGGCGCGACUGGCGCUCGCUGUGUGCCGUCAAGUUCCUCCGUCUGGAGGAGUUUAUUGAUGACGUCCGUGACGGUAUGGCGCUCCAACUCGAGCCGCAGGGACUGCUCUUCGCUGAGAUUAAAUUCCUGAACCCGAUGAUUUCGCGCCGGCCCAAGCUGCAGCGACAGCGGAAGAUCUUCAAGCACAAGGGGAAGACGAUCCUGCGUCCCAAACAGAUGAACAUCAACGUGGCCACUUGGGGUCGUCUGAUGAAGCGCGACCUGCCGGCGGCGCAGGGGUCGGAGGUCUCCUCCGGACCGUCCAGUCAGAGCAGUACGCUCCAGCGCCCGCUGGGCCGGCUGGACUCCAGCGAGCCGCCGCCGGACGAUAUGGAGACUGAGCUGCUCACUCCGGCCGAGGGAGGAGCCGCGCGGCCGCUCACCAUGGCCGAGGCCGUCAAAACCACCCCGCCGCCCACCAUAUACUCACACUCACCCAGUUUAUCGUCUAGCUCGAGCAUACACGGACAUCGGAAACCCAUGCCAGUGCCGACCCCCACCGUUCCGCCCAAACUGGGCUCUCCCACCGACCCGAUGGCCAAGCUGCCGGGUGACAUAUCGCCGCUGGGCGCCCCCGGGCAGCGCGAGAGCCGCCAUGUCAACAUUAUCGAGGUCGGGGACGAGGGUGCCGGAGUCACCGUCACUCAUAUGUCGGUGGGUCGCGGGCUGGCGCCACAGCCGACAGAAGAGCCCAUCGUCGUCGAACCCGAGGAUGAUGAGCCUCCGAUGGUGCCGCUGCGGCCGAGCCGCCGCGCCACGGCCGUCGAGUACCGUGACUCGGCCUACGAGUCGCACCGAGUCUCCCAGCUCAGCGGUAUGACUCUGGACAACUUCCGGAUGAUCGCCGUGCUCGGACGCGGACACUUCGGAAAGGUGAUCCUCACUCAGUACCGCAACACGGGCGAGUACUACGCCAUCAAGGCGCUGAAGAAGGCCGACAUCAUCUCCCGCGACGAGGUGGAGUCACUGCUGGCGGAGAAGCGCAUCUUCGAGGUGGCCAACUCUGUACGGCACCCGUUCCUGGUCAACCUGUUCAGCUGCUUCCAGACUGAGAGUCACGUGUGUUUUGUGAUGGAGUACGCGGCCGGCGGUGACCUGAUGAUGCACAUCCACUCUGACGUGUUCACCGAGCCCCGCGCCGUGUUCUACGCCGCCUGUGUGGUGCUCGGCCUGCAGUACCUGCACGAAAACAAAAUCAUCUACCGUGACCUGAAGCUGGACAACCUGCUUCUCGACACGGACGGCUACGUCAAAAUCGCCGACUUCGGUCUCUGCAAAGAGGGUAUGGGCUACGGCGACCGGACGGGCACCUUCUGCGGCACCCCGGAGUUCCUGGCUCCCGAGGUUCUCACAGAACAGACGUACACGCGCGCCGUCGACUGGUGGGGCCUGGGCGUGCUCAUCUUCGAGAUGCUGGUCGGCGAGAGUCCUUUCCCGGGUGAUGAUGAGGAAGAGGUGUUUGACAGUAUCGUCAACGACGAGCUGAGAUAUCCGCGCUUCCUGUCGCUGCAGGCCAUCGCCAUCAUGCGCCGGCUGCUGCGUAAGAACCCGGAGCGCCGUCUGGGCGCCAGCGAGCGAGACGCCGAGGACGUCAAGAAGCAGACCUUCUUCAGCGGAGUCGACUGGGAGGAACUGCUGGCGCGACGCGUCCGGCCCCCCUUCGUGCCCACCAUCAAAAGCGUUGAGGACGUGUCCAACUUUGACGAGGAGUUCACCUCGGAGCGGGCCGUUCUGACGCCGCCCAAGGAGGCGCGCGUGCUGACCGGUCCCGACCAGGCGCUGUUCCGCGACUUCACCUACACGGCCGACUGGUGCUAGCUGACCGAGGGGACUCGGCUGAGGCGAGCCGGGACUGGGGGAACGCCGGGCUGGGACGGGGCUGUCCGACGGGCUGGUCAGGGCUUCCCUGCCGGGAUGGGUAGGGCUGCUCCGCCGGGCUGGGGCUGAUGGCUUGGUGACUGAGGUCUCUAAGCCCGCUGGGCCCGAGAUAGUCCUGAAAGCCUGACGAGCUGUGGCUAGUGGCUGUCCUGCCGGGCUGGGUCUAGUUCUCGAUAGGCUAAGCUCUGCCGCCGGUGGGGACUGCGCCGAGGCUGCCAGGCUCCGGCUGCUCUUUCGAAGCUCGGAGUGCCUCCAGCGCCACCUAGACUGCCGACCGACCGACUGACGCCUUCUAAAGUCAGCCGCCACAGUGCAUGAGACGGACGGAAGACGGGAAGGCGGACAGCAAGAGGGAGACAGAUAGACGGAUAGACGAGACGGCGACAGUGUUGAAUAGUGUGAUCGUGAUAUGGACAGAACACACACGUGCUUAAAGACUUGGAUCCCGCAGUGGAUAGACAGACGGAUGAAGACAAGUGUUUUACGUUGGACUCGCAAAGACGCUCGUAGGGGGGAAGAGCGUAGAUGCCAGCGAUGAGGACGCCAUCUGUUUUAGAGAAGCAGUGAUGAUGACAGACUCAGACAGACCUUUGGACUGGCUCGAGGGGCGUCUUCAAAUGGACAGUAGGACGCUCCUCUUGGACCGAUCCUUUCGUCCUAGGACAGAAGUGCAUUGGAAAGGCUCGACUUCAGGCGCCGUCUAAUCGACAGUGUGAUCAGACUGGUCGAAAGGGCGGCGCUGAGGGCCCAGCCCGGCGGCAGUCCCGGCUCACAGCGGCGUCAAACCCCAGCCCGGGAGUCCCCAUUGACUGUGCUGGCGGCGGGGGGUGGAUCGACCCCCCCCCCCCCGGAUAGAGGGGUGCGAAAUGAAGGCAGACUGGUGGCAAAUGUGCUUGUUAAUGCUGAGAGCGCGCGACGCUGCGCCGCCGCGCUGCGACGACGGUGGCGACGUCUAUUUUGUGUUGUGUAAAACGCUCUAUUAACCGGUGUUAUUGCUUGUGGAGGGUGCUGUGACACCCCCGCGUCCCCCCCCCCCCCCCACUCCCGUAGGCAGUCUAGUGAAUGUGUGGUGCAGCGCCGUGCUGGACGGCGCACCAAUGGUGCCUUGUCAAUGUGAAAGCAGCCGCCCGCCUCCCGCCGGCGGACGGUGGCGCCAAAUUGUUACACGAGAAACCGCGCGCCGCCGCCGGGUCUGUUUUGUACCGUAACGGCGCCGACCGCGGACAGAGCGAGAGAGAGAGAGAGAGAGCGGUUUGACUUCAUUUUGUAUAAUAAAACCGACACAAAAAAAU